GUGCCCACUCGUUUGCUUUUUCUCUCUCGCCGCUAUGCGAAGGAAGAGCGAACGAUGAGGACCCGAGCAGUUUGGAAUUCGAAUGUUUCGGAAUUCGCGCGGUUUCUGGCGAGAAGGACGGCGUCGUUCACGGCUUCUACCCGAUCCGCCGUGGAACUGGCUUCCAGUGACGGAGAACUCCGGCUCUUCAUUGUUGCCGGCGAGGUUUCCGGCGACUCCAUUGGUGCGCGUCUUAUGGGUUCUCUCAAAAAGCUCUCCCCUCUCCCCCUUCGGUUUUCCGGCAUUGGAGGCGAAGUUUGCUUCUUUGGAUCUAUGCAGGCAUAUGAUGUCAAAGCAAGGGUUGAACUCUGUCUUUCCAAUGGAGGAUAUUGCAGUUAUGGGUAUUUGGGAAUUAUUGCCACAUCUUAAUCAAUUCAGGGUUAGAUUGAAACAAGCAGUGCAGGCUGCUCAUAGUUUUCGGCCUCAUGCUGUAAUCACAGUGGAUUCAAAGGGAUUCUCCUUUCGUUUCCUAAAGCACUUGCGGGAUAGGUCCAGAAAACAAAGAAUGUGUGACGCUUUGCAUUUUCAUUAUGUUGCGCCUUCAUUCUGGGCUUGGAAAGGCGGCGAAGCAAGACUUGGAGGGCUGUCUGAAUUUGUGGAUCACUUGUUGUGUAUCCUUCCUUUUGAGGCAGAAGUGUGUAGAUCAAAUGGAUUACGUGCAACAUUUGUAGGCCACCCCACCCUUGAAGAUGUGGUUGAGUGUGAGGUGAAAGAUGCUACGGAAGGGAGAUGGAAAGUUAAAGUGAAUGCCGAAAAGUUUAGGAAUGACAAUGGAAUAUCCUCAGGAUCCAAAGUCAUUUCCUUGCUUCCUGGAAGCAGAUUGCAAGAGGUUACUAGAAUGAUUCCCAUCUUCAGAAACACUAUGAAGGAACUUCAAGAUUCAUUUCCAGACAUCAUCACGACCAUCCUUGUAGCACCUAAUCAGCAUGUGGAGAGUUUCAUCAGUCAAGCUGCCCUUGACUGGCCUGCAUCUCUUAUAUUGGUUCCAGGGGGAUCACCCCAGAUGAAGUACAACUCUUUUAGUGCUAGCGAUGUCGCGCUAUGCACUUCUGGGACAGCUGCCAUGGAGUUGCAGCUAGCACGCUUACCCUGUGUCGUGGCCUAUCGAGCCCAUCUCCUAACAGAAUGGUUCAUACGUUACAAAGCUAAAGUCUCGUAUAUUUCCCUACCGAACAUCCUUUUACAUUCACCUGUAAUACCCGAAGCUCUGUUUCAUGAUUGCACACCCUCAAUAUUGGCAAUGCUGCUCAGGAGGUUGAUUCUUGAUGAGAGCAUUAGACAAAAACAGAUGGUUGGCGCCGAGAAGGUGGUUGAAUUGCUGAGACUACCAGAGCGAAGAAUGUACAGCAGUUCGGCGCAACUGGAUUCCACAUGUGGUCAUUUUACACCUAGUAUGAUUGCAGCUUCUACCAUUCUGUUUUCAACAAGGACCAAAGAUGAUGAUUGCAAAAUAUGAAGAUUUUGACCCUUAACUUUACAUUCAAUGCUCUAGUGUCCGGUGUCCAUUCUUUUUUUUACUCAAAUAAAAGAGCACACAUCAUUAACAUGAAUCCUACCAUACACAACAACUGGUCUACCUUUGUGUGCUCCUUUUGGUAGUACAUGGACUGAUUGCACAUCAAGCAAUGGUCCAGCUAAAACAUGUCCACAGCCUUUAACUUCUUCAGUUUCUCUUGCUCUAUUUAUAUAUUGAUUAUAUUGACUAAUAACAGUUUCUUGGUGGA